GCCUCCAUGGCGUUCGCCGCGCGAAUCUUUCUGCACGGUCCUUAAACCCGCGACGUUCUUGACUCACCAUCGCCGCGCAUGACCCUCCACAUCCGUGCUCCGUCGAACCAGCCAACGAUGAUCAGUCUCGAGCCUGCCGAACCGGAAUACGCAUCGCGCACAAUCAUGUUGCAGCAGGAUAACGGGCCACCGGACAGCGAACCUACUCGGUUCGACCUGCGGAGAGUUGAAAAGAUAUCGGCGGACCCGCAUCAUGAUCCUCGCGCCGCCGCCUGGUUCGUCGAACGUGGCGGUGGUUAUCAGGAUGCAUAUGCGAAGUCCGGCGUGACGGAGGACGAGAUCAAGGUUGUCAAGGCGGUGGAUGGAACCCAGCCGUACGAGCAUAAGUUCGAGCCGCUGAGCGGUGCUGUGACGGACGACCGAGCGCGUGAACGCUUGUUGUUCAUGAAACGAGACCCCGCCCUGCGCGAGUUCCACAAGUUGGAUAAAUUCGACCUGUAUGUGAAUAUAUACAAGAACCACGAGGACUGUAUGACGCUGGUCGGAAACGCUGCCCGUGCGGUCGCGGACAAGGUCGUCAACGUGUGCAAACAGACUGGGAGUACUCUACGAGGAGCCUUUGCGAAAGUCGCUACUGUGUUCGGCUGGGGGGCGACCGAGGCAAUGCCAAAGGAGCAAUGCGUAAGUGCCGUGCAGUCUACACCGGAGAUCGCAAUUCACUGGUAUGGCAGGAAUCACAUCGAGCGACGAUGAGCUGGAGGUGAAUACGGAGCUCGCAUCGUGGUGUGAGGGAUUGGCGAAGACAAUAGCUAGUGCUAUCCAGUGACUGUUGGAUAGUUA